AUGGACUUAGUCUACGAAUUUCUUGUCGCCCGUACUCUCGAGGUGGAAAACGAGGUCAAGACAAAUCAACAUGCUCCGUCGAGAACCCUGAUAGCGCUCGCUGGUGUUCCCGGUGCUGGGAAGUCAACAGUUGCCAGAGAAGUUGUCAACAGACUGAAUAAGCUGGCGGGCACUGCAUAUGCGACCGUUCUACCUAUGGAUGGCUUUCACCUUCCACGUGUAGCCCUUGAUUUGUUGCCCAACAGUGGUGAAUUACACGCUCGGAGGGGUGCCCCGUGGACGUUUGACGCGCAGGGAGUGGUGAAUCUGGUGAAGCUGUUGGACCAAUCGAGACGAGACGGCUCAUGGCUGUCGAGAAGCGUCCUAGCGCCUGCAUUUGAUCAUGUCGCCAAAGAUCCGGUUGUCGACGCCAUCAUUGUGUCUCCAGAUACCUCGACAGUCAUAUUGGAAGGGAAUUGGUUGCUUUUGGAUGAAAGUCCCUGGUCUACCAUUAGCGCCAUGGUGGACGAUACUUGGUUUGUGGACGUAUUGCCCGAACUUGCUCGACACCGGAUAGCGCAACGACACAUCCAAAGUGGGAUUGAGAACAACUGGGACGCUGCCGUGAAACGGGCAGAGUACAAUGAUUUGCCCAAUGGAGAACUGGCGCGCGCGAAGCUGAUCCAACCCAGGAUCACCAUCCGCAGCGUUGAAGAAUACCGGAACGGUGUAAGGAAAUUGUCCGACCUCAGGCACUUGUGA